AUGGCUGACAGCAUGCUACCUAAGCCAUUUUCGCAGCGCAUGAAGGAUUGGGCAAACAAUGUCACACCAGGCUCACCGCAGGACAAUAGACUGGCCAAAAGACCUUCCCGAAAGCGUUCUUACAACGAGUUCGCCGCCUCCGAGCAGGCGAGUGAGGUUUCGAUGGAUAGCGGGGCGACAAAUAGAGGUCUCAGCACCUCCCAACGACUGAAAAUCCUCCUCGAGGCAAACCUCUUCAGGCUGAGAACGUAUGGGAUCUACGAUAUGUGGCAUAUAGACAAAAAGCCCAUGUCAGCUAUGACGGAGCUGGAGAACGCGCUGUUGCUCACCAAUCAAAAGGCACAGGAGGAAGUUAGAAAGAAUCAGCGGUCAACGACUAACAGGGCCGCGCAAUUCAUGACGCAGUGGACGGCUGUUGCCCGGCAUAUGGCGACGGUGCGAGAAAUGAUGUCGGGCCAAGGGUCCAUAAUGCCGCAACUAGAGGAGGUGAACGUUCACCUGAGAAGGGCAACACACUGGGGCGUGGAAAUCGCGUUUGUCUCGUACGGUCUACCCCUAACCCGCUCCUCCGCUGAUACGUCGGGGGUACCGAGCUAA